AUGCCGUGCCAAUCACCUCGCAAGGCGACUGCUGCCCGUAACGUACGCUACAAUCCGUACGUUCGGCCCUACACUUCAAGCAAUGAAAGUAUCCCACCCAUCAUCACGCCUCUGACGAGAACCCUUGCCUUGUAUUUCGACCAGGAGGUCCCGCGCGAUGCUGUUUGGAUGGGAUCCGCUAUGUUGGUCGACGAACCCCAUGCACUCGAACUCAAUGGGACAACGGAAAAUCCCCAAUACGUUUCAAUUCAGAACAUUAAUAUUGAUCUUGCAGAAAAUGAGAAUAGAAACGCAUUAUUGGCGGCGAACCAUAAGGGGCGCAUGUCUCCAAAUAAAAGAAAACUUGUUCGCAACCUAGAGAAAGUGGUAAACAAGUGUAUUGAUCGUAAUUGCGAAGGGAACCCUACUACUGACAUUUUACGCGAGAGGAUCUAUGCAGCGAUUGAGGGAGCAAUAUUAGGCGUAGAGGUGGAUGAGAUUAUGCGCAGGCAUGUUCCAAAAGCCGAGAACAUCAGAACAAGCGACAAGACACACAAGCUCCCAACCAAUAACGACAAUUUAAUCUCACCCGCAGCACAAUACAUCUUUAACGGGAUGAGACGUCUGUUUUCCCUUGGGAAAAUCCUCAGCGCACAAUCAGAACCACGCGGACCAUCUUCAUCCGGAACAGUUCCAGACCCAUUGGAAAUAAUCCGUAGGUCGGAUGCAUCAUUGUGUUCGGCUGCUGGAAUGCCAGGACAGUAUCAUGCGCCAACUGCGUAA